AUGCACCUGCAGCCUUUACUCAGUUGUCUGAGAGCGCCGCGGGCACCGGGCGGGCGGCGGGGCCGGAGCGGGACCGGAGGGGCAGCGGGGCCGGGAGAUGGUCCGUGGAUCCCGGGCAGUGGUCUGUGGAUCCUGCGUGAUGGUCCCUGCGUGCUCGGUAGUGGUCCAUGGAUCCUGGGCAGUGGUCCGUGGGUCCCAGUCCCCGGCAGCACCACGGUGCUGGUGGAGCUGACGCCCGACAUCCACAUCUGCGGCAUCUGCAAGCAGCAGUUCAACAACCUGGACGCCUUCGUGGGGCACAAGCAGAGCGGCUGCCAGCUGGGCAGUGCCACAGCUGGAGCCACCAGCACCGUCCAGUUCGUGUCCGAGGAGACCCUGCCCAGCACACAGGCUCAGAGCACCAGCAGGACCAUCGCCUCCGAGACACAGACCAUCACAGUUUCUGCCCCAGAGUUUGUGUUUGAGCAUGGCUACCAAACCUACCUGCCCAGCGAGAGCACAGAGCCUCCAGCUGCUGCUGUUGUCUCUGCACCCCCAAAAGCAAGGUCCAAGAAAUCCUCCUCCUCAGUGCCACAGAAGAAACUCAGCUGCCUGUACCCAGGUUGCCAGUUCAAGACUUCCUAUGGUAUGAAGGAUUUGGAACGUCAUCGGCGAACACACACAGGAGACAAGCCCCACAAGUGCGAGGUGUGCAGCAAGUGCUUCAGCCGCAAGGACAAGCUGAAGAUGCACCUGCGCUCGCACACGGGGGUGAAGCCCUACAAGUGCAGGCACUGCGAGUACGCGGCGGCUGACAGCAGCAGCCUGAGCAAGCACCAGCGCAUCCACUCCAACGAGCGCCCCUUCAAGUGCCAGAUCUGCCCCUACGCCAGCCGCAACUCCAGCCAGCUCACCGUGCACCUGCGCUCGCACACAGGCGACGCCCCUUUCCAGUGCCAGCUGUGCCCCGCCAAGUUCAAGAUCAACUCGGACCUGAAGCGGCACCUGCGGGUGCACUCGGGGGAGAAGCCCUACAAGUGCGAGUUCUGCGAGGUGCGCUGCGCCAUGAAGGGCAACCUGAAAUCGCACGUGCGCAUCAAGCACGGCGCGGAGAACAGCCUCAAGUGCCCCGAGUGCGACUUCCAGUGCGGCAACAAGACCAGCCUGCGGCAGCACAUCCGCGGCCACCAGCCCGAGCAGCCCGUCAAGUGCCCCGAGUGCAGCUACUCGUGCUCCAGCAGGGCGGCCCUCAAGGUGCACGAGCGCAUCCACGGCAAGGAGCGGCCCUUCAAGUGCCAGUUCUGCGCCUUCGACACCAAGCAGCGCAGCAACCUCACCACCCACGUGCGCAAGGCCCACGGGGACAAGGCCAAGGGCAAGAAGCCGGACAGGAAGGAAGGGGAGAGGCCCAGGCAGGGCGGCUCCAGGCAGGUGGCCAGGCUGGACGCCAAGAAGGCCUUCAAGUGCGACCUGUGCGAGGCGUCCUUCGUGCGGGAGGACUCGCUGCGCAGCCACAAGAAGCAGCACGGCCUGUACGGCGGCUCCAAGGGCGGCGAGCUGGCCGUGCUGCAGCUGCAGGUGGACCCCGGCCGCCAGCCCGGCGCCCCCGGCCACCUGCAGGUGCCGCUCCAGGCCGCUCAGGUGUCCCCCUACAACGAGGGCCGAGUCAAGAUCAUCGUGGGCCACCAGGUGCCUCAGGCCGGCGGCCUGGCGCAGGCGGCCCCGGUGAGCGUGGUGCCGCCCGCGCUGCUGGGCGCGGGGCAGGAGGAGGUGCUGGCCGGCGGCCGGGUGGCCACGGGGGACGCGGGGCCGGGGGCGGAGGCGGCCGUGCUGCUGGGCAGCCCCGAGCAGGGCCUGCUGCCCGCUGCUGCCCCUGGCCACGAGCCCCCCGGCAGCCAGGCCUUCAUCGCCAGCUCCGCCAUCAGCUGCUCCGACCUGGAGGGGCUCAACGCCCUCAUCCAGGAGGGAGCGGCCGAGGUGACCGUGGUCAGCGACGGGGGGCAGAGCAUCACCGUGUCCACGGCUGCUCCUCCUCCGCCCAUCUUCUCCUCCUCCUCCCACACCGAGGGCCCCAAGCAGAGCUACUCCAUCAUCCAGAGCGGGGCUCACACGGCCCUGCUGUGUCCUGCAGACUCCAUCCCUGACUAGCAGGGCUGCUCUGGGCCCUGCAGACUCCAUCCCUGACUAGCAGGGCUGCUCUGGGCCCUGCAGACUCCAUCCCUGACUAGCAGGGCUGCUCUGGGCCCUGCAGACUCCAUCCCUGACUAGCAGGGCUGCUCUGGGCCCUGCAGACUCCAUCCCUGACUAGCAGGGCUGCUCUGGGCCCUGCAGACUCCAUCCCUGACUAGCAGGGCUGCUCUGGGCCCUCCUCUGUCCUGCAGACUCCAUCUCCGACUAGCAGGGCUGCUCUGGGCCCUGCUCUCUCCCAGGGCAGUGCUGAGCCUGCCAGGAAUGCACAGCAACAGCUGAAUGCAGGAUUUGUCCUCCAGAGCCAAAUAGCUUCCACACUGUAUUUGUAUGUACACUGAAGGAAGCAGCCUGUGUGUGACAAGGAGGAUGUGUUUGUAUUUCUGUGCCUCUGCUCCUUGGAAAAGCAAAGCAGCUGUUGCCAGUGUCCCCAAGCAGUGACACCCCCUGGCUAUGGCUCUUGUACUGUGCUGCCUGGAAAAAGAACUCCUCACCUUGUGCUGAGUUAGCUCCAGAGCAGCCCUGUUGUUUGAUUCACACACAAAAAGACAAUAACCUGAUUCAUUCUGGAAUUUAACUGGGUUAGUCUCAGUUCUGUGCUCUGGGUUGCAUUCCCUGCUCCUGGCUGAGCUCUAAGGAGCCCCCCCCUGCUGGCUCUGCUCCAGCCCAGCUGAGGUUUGAGGGGCUGCUCCUCAGUAUCUGCAGCAAUUGGUGGCACCUGGCACUUGGAAUGCUCCUGCAGACACCAGGUGGUUGUUUUUAGAAAGCAAAAGAAUGUUGUCCCUCUCUCAGUAGUAACUAACUUUGUUAGCAACAACACAAAUUUUCCCUGGCAUGGUGAUGGCUGUCAGAGGUGCCUGUAAUUAAAGAGCAAAACAACUGGAAAUAUAUUUUUUACAAACACUACUUACCUUUUGUUUUUAUUUUUACACUGCCUGUUGGGAGUUGCAUGGGUGGUAAAAGUGCAUUAGAGUUUGGGUCUUCUUUUCACAUUAAAGGAAAUGAUUUAAUUUAAUUUAAUUUUUUUUAAAAAACCCUUCUAAUCCAAGGUCUGCCACUCCAGCAGAAAUUCAGGUUGGAUCAC